AGGUGGGGCAUGUCUUAAUUCUAGCAGAAAUGAGUAGGCUCUGAGGGAGUAAGGAAGGGGAAGAGUGUCUUUGUGACACUGCUAGCGGCGUUGAGGGGAUGGGAGUGUGAAGAGGCUAAGGGACCCAUAUCGCUGCGACACCGCUGGCACUCUGAGGGACGCGAGUCGGUGUGGCACCGGUGCACGCUGAAGAGCGGGUGGAAUUGGGUGACCAUGGGGAUGUGGGCAUCGGUGGACACUAUGUGGGACUUCCCUGUGGAGAAGCGAAUCUUCGGGGCGGUGUUGCUCUUUUCCUGGACCGUGUAUCUGUGGGAGACCUUUCUAGCACAGCGGCAGAGAAGGAUAUACAGAACAACAACUCAUGUACCACCAGAGCUAGCACAGAUCAUGGACUCGGACACGUUUGAGAAGUCUCGACUGUAUCAACUGGAUAAAAGUACCUUCAGCUUCUGGUCCGGACUCUAUUCAGUGGUGGAAAGCACUCUUAUUCUUCUCUUUGGAGGAAUCCCUUACCUUUGGAGGCUUUCUGGACGGGUCUGUGGAUCUGCUGGCUUUGGCCCAGAGUAUGAGAUCAUUCAGUCUUUGGUGUUCCUUCUGUUGGCCACACUCUACAGUGCACUGACUGGCUUGCCGUGGAGUCUCUAUAAUACUUUUGUGAUAGAAGAAAAACAUGGCUUCAAUCACCAGACUUUGGAGUUUUUUCUCAAAGACACAAUCAAAAAAUUUACUGUAACUCAGUGUAUUUUAUUGCCUGUGUCGUCCCUUCUGCUUUACAUUAUUAAAAUUGGAGGUGAUUACUUUUUUAUUUAUGCCUGGCUGUUCACAUUAGUUGUUUCUCUGGUUCUGGUCACAAUUUAUGCAGAUUACAUUGCCCCUUUGUUUGACAAAUUCACACCUCUUCCUGAGGGAAAGCUAAAACAAGAGAUCGAAGUGAUGGCAAAGAGUAUUGACUUCCCUCUAACGAAGGUGUAUGUUGUUGAAGGGUCUAAGCGCUCUUCCCACAGCAAUGCUUACUUUUAUGGCUUCUUCAAGAACAAGAGAAUAGUUUUGUUUGACACUCUACUAGAAGAAUACUCUGUACAAAACAAAGACAACCAGGAGGAGCCUGGCAUGGAGCCCCGCAAUGAAGGCGAAGGGGACAGUGAAGAAAUAAGAGCUAAAGUGAAAAAUAAGAAACAAGGAUGUAAAAAUGAGGAGGUGUUGGCUGUACUUGGCCAUGAACUGGGACACUGGAAGUUGGGACACACAAUAAAAAAUAUCAUUAUUAGUCAGAUAAAUUCUUUCCUGUGUUUCUUCUUGUUUGGUGUGUUAAUUGGUCAAAAGGUACUUUUUGCUGCCUUUGGUUUUUAUGACAGCCAACCCACUCUGAUCGGACUCUUGAUCAUCUUUCAGUUUAUUUUCUCACCCUACAAUGAGGUUCUGUCUUUCUGCCUAACAGUCCUGAGCCGCAGAUUUGAGUUUCAGGCCGAUGCUUUUGCCAAGAAACUUGGGAUGGCUAAAGACUUAUAUUCUGCUUUGAUCAAGCUGAACAAAGAUAACCUGGGGUUCCCCGUUUCUGACUGGCUGUUUUCAACGUGGCACUACUCGCACCCCCCACUGCUAGAGAGGCUUCAGGCUUUGAAAGACAAAAAACAAGACUGAGCCACUCAGCGACUGGACACACUUCCAAUUAUUUCAGUCCUGGCAGCAUGUUCCAGCUCUUGAUGUUUUUAAUUUUUUAAGAAAAAUGAUUAAGUACAUAAAAGUCCAGAUUUAAAUACA